UUCUGGCAACACUGGUCUGUAGCGGUGACUUGAAUGGAAGUUGGAACUGUCAAAUUUUUGAUUACUCACGAAAGCGACUAAAUUUUGUAGAACUUUUUGUGAACACAUAAACAUUCAUAAAUUUAACUUUCAAUAAUCAAAACAUUAGUCGUAAUUCAAGAUGUUCCUCACCCGAUCUGAGUAUGACCGCGGAGUCAAUACAUUUAGCCCUGAAGGAAGGCUGUUCCAGGUAGAAUACGCGAUUGAGGCAAUAAAAUUGGGUUCUACUGCGAUCGGGAUCUCGACUUCGGAAGGGGUUGUUUUGGCUGUCGAGAAGAGGAUUACGUCGCCACUGAUGGAGCCAACUACUAUAGAAAAGAUUGUCGAGGUGGACAGACAUAUUGCGUGUGCAGUGUCUGGCCUGAUGGCAGAUUCGAGAACUUUAAUAGAGAGAGCUCGUGUGGAAUGCCAGAACCACUGGUUUGUGUACAAUGAGCGUAUGAGUGUGGAGUCGUGUGCGCAGGCUGUGUCCAACUUGGCCAUACAGUUUGGUGACAGUGAUGAUGACAGCGGCACAGCCAUGUCCAGGCCUUUUGGUGUUGCAGUCAUGUUUGCAGGUAUUGACGAGAAAGGGCCACAGCUAUUCCACAUGGACCCCAGUGGCACAUUUGUGCAAUAUGAUGCUAAAGCCAUUGGUUCUGGCAGCGAAGGUGCCCAACAGAGUUUGAAGGAGGUAUACCACAAAUCCAUGACACUCAAGGAGGCUAUCAAGUCUGCACUGACUAUCCUGAAACAAGUGAUGGAGGAGAAACUGUCUGAGAACAAUGUGGAGGUGGUGACCAUGACUCCGGGGUCAUUGUUCCACAUGUUCACACGAGAACAGCUGGCUGAGGUUAUUAAAGAUAUACCUUGAGUUGUUGGUAGAACGGCUGAAGUGUGGAUUGGUUAUUUUUAACAUGUGUUUUGUUUGCUUUUCCUACAGUAACUGGUCUUGAAAAUCAUCAAAUUAAUUUAGUUUUAUUAAUAAACUUAAAUCUUGAGUUAAGCAAGGUCCAUUUAAGGUCCUCUAAAUUUGGUUAUAUACUAUGAAGUUUAUGUAAAAUUACAGUCAGUUUAAUAAACCAAACCAUGCUAUGUUUAAUCAGUCUACUAAGAGUAUGUAUGAGUAAUAAUUAAAAUAAAUUGUUUUGUAUUUUGAAACUUAUUUAUGUUUUGGUACUGUAUUUAUAUUGAUUUUUAGUGGUAUAUUAUGUAUUUUUAGUAAAUAGAUAUCAUAUUUUUUGUAGCAAGCAUUAGUAGUAAACAUAAAUUUCAAAAUAAAACAAAUUAUAUCUUUAAUCUUUCAUGUUUUGGAAUAUGUAAAGCAAUUUAUUUCAUUUAUUACUUUGGUGUGGGAGUUUAUGUAAAUCAUAAAAUAAGUAUUCAAACUUAAAUAAAAACUUUUUUAUGUA